AUGGAAUCUCAGAGUUAUGAUGUUGAUUCAACAACAGUUGGAUGGAAUAAAAGUCCAGUAAUGGAUCAUUCAUCACGAUUUGAUCCUAAUGAAACUCCAACAGUUAAUUCAACAAAUCCAAAUUAUCAUCCAUCAUCAUCAACAACAACACAUAAUUCAGUUACUGAAACAGCUGCUAACAAGGCCACAGCAGAAUUAAAAAAAGGUCAACAUCAUGCAGAAGAUAUUAUUACAAAGUCAAAAAGACUUAUGAAACAACAAUGGGAAGAAACUCGUCAUUCAGUUAUUCAUUUACAAAAAAGAAUGAAAGAAAUGGUACCAAAAGAAGCAAGUAAUCUUAUUUAUUGGCAAAAUCCUAUUCAAUCGGGCAUUGUCUUUGGUGUUUUAUUAUCUAUAAUUAUAACAUUUAUGUUUUUAUCAUCAUUGGCUGCCAUAUCAUUUUGGUUACUUGCACUUCUUGUCGUUAUUGGUCUUUAUAAAUUGUAUAAUUAUGUCAUGGCAACAUUUGUUGGUCGAGUUCAAGAUGAUAUUUUCGAUUCAAUCUUUUCAUCUGAUGUUCAUAUUUCUGAACGUCAUGCUCAAGCUAUGGCUAAUUAUAUUCGUACAAAUGGUACAAGUAUAAUAAGACAAGCACGACGCGUUUUCUUAUGGAAUAAUUUAACGACUUCAAUUAUUUUUGGUCUUAUUCUUUUCGCUUCUUUUUACAUUGGUUUAUCAAUGAAUACACUUACAUUUGCACUUGUUGGUUUAGUCUUUUUAUUUACUGUACCAAAAAUUUAUCAAGUUUAUCAAGUACCAAUUGAUCAUGUUGCUAAACAAGUUCUUGACCAAAUUAAUCAAGUUUUAGCUAAAGUAACAACAAAAGCACCAGCAGCAGCAGCAGGAGCAAAACCAAAAAAAUCUUAA